AUGGCGGGUCCAAAGAGGGCCGCUUUCGCUGAGGAGAGCGCCGAGGUCGAGGUGCUCUACGCCAACUUGACCAAGAUGAAGAGCUUGACCAAGAAGAUCCAAGCUUCCAUGAGCCGUCUCGAGACGAGUGGACAGACAGUCGAAGAGGCUAUUGGGCCCAUCUAUGGAAACACACAAAAACUGCAGACGACCAAUGCAAACAUCGAUCGCGUCAUCAUGGCCAUCGACAGGAUCCGUGAGCCCCUGGACAUGCGCAACAGGGAGGAGCAGGUCUUGCGCUCCAAUCCUCAGUCUGUCGGCUUGACCGAGUACAUAUCAUCUAUCGAUCGCACUCGCCAGGCUCUGGGUGAUCUGAAGCAGUCAAACCUCCGUUCGAAUCAGCAAGCCAUCUCUGAGCUCAACAGUCUCUUGAGCGUGGGAAGUCGACAACUCGAAGACGUCUUCCAAGGCACUCUUCGCGACGGCGUAGCCCCGGUCGAGCCUCUCCACUUCAUCACCAAGAACAUCGACUUUCCUCGUAUCUCGUCAAACAAGACAACUCAACUCCGCACCAUCAACGCGCACGCAUCUUCGUCAGCGUCUGAGCUUGCGCAGGGCGACUCGAGAGGUACACCAACAGCCAAGAUCUACGCUGAAGUACGGGGCCAGUACAUCACCUCGAGUCUACAAAACAUGGCCGCUGCCUGUCUAGCAACUGCGCGGAAGCAGAACCCCAGCACUGCCACUAUAUAUAAGAAAGGUGACAAUGCUAUCGGUAUGUAUGCUGCCGGUAUCAAAGGCAUGUUUAUCGCUGAGUACGACAAUAUCUGUCCUGUCUUCGAUCGCGAAGAGUGGAGUCUGGUUCUGUCAAUGACCUGCCAGGGUGCCUUGACAGCCUUUGCUGCCACUUUGAGAGAUCUCGACCGUCACAUCAAGGAUAACAUUACAAGUGAUUGCUUCCUAGCGUACGAGAUCAUCGAAGUUGUAUCAAACACAGCUCUUGAGGUUGAAAGCAAGACAGGACAACUAAAGAGUGAGAUAGCCGAUGCUCUGAAGCCCAUACGAGAAACCGCCAAAUCCUCUCUCUCGGCACUUUUGACAGACGUGCGAAACCGAGUGCAGCAGAUGAUGCAGCUCCCUGCCGAUGGUUCCGCAAUCUCCUUGACCUCGGAGAUGAUGACUCGAUUGCAGGCCAUGACUGGCUUCCUUGUGCCCUUGUCGUCCAUCUUGAUAUCUCUCGGGAAGGGUGGUUGGUCUGCGCCAGGACCUGCUUCGUCCAGCACUUCUAUACCCACUCUCAAGUCUUUCGAUGUUGGCGCAGACGGUCGCAAACUAUUCGCAGACUACGCAGCAGACACCAUACACACCCUGUUAUCCAAUCUUGAAGCACGGUCCCAAGCUCUGCAGAAAGGAAAAGGCGUACAAGGUGUGUUCCUCGCGAACAAUAUUGCCAUCAUUGAUCGUAUGAUUCGAAGCUCUGAACUCGGUCCGCUGUUGGAGCCCGCACAGCCUAAGAUUGAAGCCUGGCGUGUCAAAGCGACUAAGCAUUAUAUGACUACCUGGAACGAGGUAUCAGCUUAUCUACUUGAUGUACAGUACACCAACCGCGGUCCUCGUCCUCCCAGUACCGGCACCGCAGUCGACUCGGCAGCGUUCGUCAAGGCUUUGUCCUCGAAAGAGAAAGACUCGUUGAAGGAGAAAUUCCGCGGAUUCAACGCAUCAUUUGACGAGAUGGUCGCUAAACACAAGACCUACAAGAUGGAGAAAGAGGUUAAGACCUCACUCGCACGGGAUGUCCAAAGGUUCAUCGAGCCUCUCUACGGUCGUCAUUGGGACAGAUACCAUGAGAUUGACAAGGGUAGGGGCAAGUACGUCAAGUAUGACAAGACGCAGCUCAAUGCGGUGCUCACGAAUCUGGGGUAA